UUCCCCGUUGCCAUGGCAGCAGAGGCCUAGCGGGCGAGGGGAAGCCUGCUGGCGGUGAUUUUUUGGGGCAGGAACAUCUCUUCCGCGUCAACUGGACGCCGACGCCAACACCGCCAUGUUGGGUUUGGUGGUUGACCGGGAGCGCAUGGAAAGCCUGCAGGAGGACAUCAUCGACCUGCAGGGGAUGGUGGUGACUGUCUUCUCCCAAGCCGGUGCCGUGCGCUUCCCUUCCUGGAAGUUCCCCGACAAGGCCUCCUGCGAUCUGGAUUUGGUGCCUUUACUGGACCACUACGAUUUUGCAGAGGACGACCCCGAACUCACCACAUGUUCCCACAUCGUCCUCCUGGAGCUCAUCAUCGACAGGUUGCUGCUGUUGCUCCAGAGCUUCACAGCGUACGCAGGGAGUUUGGUCCACGAGGAAUCCACGUUGUCAUCAUCGCCGCGACAGGGCCUUCCAUGUCGAUUGGGAUGGCAGCACGGACGUACUGGGAGAGCAUGGUGAAACUGGGCGCUUUCUACCAGCAGCUGGCGAAGGAG